AUGGCGGAUUCAACUGGAGAAGCCAAGCCAACCCACCUGGCAACGACUGUUUCUAUCGGUAAGGGUGAGGAAGGAAAUGAAGGUAUCUAUGGGACAUACGAGGGUAGCACACGAGGUAGUGAUACAAUAGAACAUAGGGGCACAAACGAGAACAAAAUGGGUUCACAAGCAGCGUAUGAAGGCCGCGCAUACCCGUCACAAGCAGCGUAUGAAGGCCGCGCAUACCCGUCACAAGCAGUGUAUGAAGGCCGCGCAUACCCGUCACAAGCAGCGUAUGAAGGCCGCGCAUACCCGUCACAAGCAGCGUAUGAAGGCCACCGAUUCCCGUCACUAGCAGCGGGUAUAAGAGACAUACUCGCGUCACAAGCAGCGGCAACAAGCGGCACACUCGCGCCACCAGCAGCGUAUGAAGGCCACCGAUUCCCGUCACUAGCAGCGGGUAUAAGAGACAUACUCGCGUCACAAGCAGCGGCAACAAGCGGCACACUCGCGCCACCAGCAGCGUAUGAAGGCCACCGAUUCCCGUCACAAGCAGCGUAUGAAGGCCGCGCAUACCCGUCACAAGCAGCGUAUGAAGGCCGCGCAUACCCGUCACAAGCAGUGUAUGAAGGCCGCGCAUACCCGUCACAAGCAGCGUAUGAAGGCCGCGCAUACCCGUCACAAGCAGCGUAUGAAGGCCGCGCAUACCCGUCACAAGCAGUGUAUGAAGGCCGCGCAUACCCGUCACAAGCAGCGUAUGAAGGCCACCGAUUCCCGUCACUAGCAGCGGGUAUAAGAGACAUACUCGCGUCACAAGCAGCGGCAACAAGCGGCACACUCGCGCCACCAGCAGCGUAUGAAGGCCACCGAUUCCCGUCACUAGCAGCGGGUAUAAGAGACAUACUCGCGUCACAAGCAGCGGCAACAAGCGGCACACUCGCGCCACCAGCAGCGUAUGAAGGCCACCGAUUCCCGUCACUAGCAGCGGGUAUAAGAGACAUACUCGCGUCACAAGCAGCGGCAACAAGCGGCACACUCGCGCCACCAGCAGCGUAUGAAGGCCACCGAUUCCCGUCACUAGCAGCGGGUAUAAGAGACAUACUCGCGUCACAAGCAGCGGCAACAAGCGGCACACUCGCGCCACCAGCAGCGUAUGAAGGCCACCGAUUCCCGUCACUAGCAGCGGGUAUAAGAGACAUACUCGCGUCACAAGCAGCGGCAACAAGCGGCACACUCGCGCCACCAGCAGCGUAUGAAGGCCACCGAUUCCCGUCACUAGCAGCGGGUAUAAGAGACAUACUCGCGUCACAAGCAGCGGCAACAAGCGGCACACUCGCGCCACCAGCAGCGUAUGAAGGCCACCGAUUCCCGUCACUAGCAGCGGGUAUAAGAGACAUACUCUCGUCACAAGAAGCGGGUAUAAGAGACAUACUCGCGUCACAAGCAGCGGCAACAAGCGGCACACUCGCGCCACAAGCAGCGUAUGAAGGCAGCGCAUUCCCGUCACAAGCAGCGUAUGAAGGCCGCGCAUUCCCGUCACAAGAUGCUGUUGCAGGCGACAUACUCGCGUCAAAAGGAGCGGUUAUAAGAGACAUAUUCGCAUCAGAAGAAGCUGGUAGAGGUGGCGGAAAAGAUGAUUCACGGGCAGCGGGUAGCGGCGCCGGCAAAGAUGAUUCAGAAGCAGGAUAUAAGGGUGUACGUUGUAAGGCUUUGCGUAAAUUCCGGAAGCCUAUAAAGAAACGUUUCCGUUUUCGUAGUGAGUAUGACCGCAACUCUAGCAGCACUUCUGAGAGUUGCGGUAGUAGAAAUAUGGAACAGGUUAUCAUUGACACUGCCAAAUAUGCCGAAGACAUAAGCACUUUUGUCAAGCAUAUUGCGGAGAAUCUAGACCGGCUGAUUCAUUUUGGACCUCCCCCCCAAAAGCACCAUUCAGAACGUGACAAAAACGACAAUGCGCGUGAAGACGUGGAACAGAGUUCAAACGACACGUUUAGUGCAGGCAGUGAGGAUGGUACAGAGGAUCUUCCGCCUGAAGACCAUAAUUCUGAGAGUGAAGGAGGCUUGUAA